GAGGGCUUAUGCAAGGAGGCCAUGACCACCGAUGAGGCCACUAAGGGUGAAGGAGAGGUGCAGGCCACGGCUCUUGCAGAGCGCGGGGAGGACAUCACACCAACUCGAGACCGAGGGGUCCUGAAGAUCAUUAAACGACCUGGCAGUGAGGAUGAGUCCCCCAUGAUUGGAGACAAGGUUUAUGUCCACUACAAGGGCAAACUGGCCAAUGGCAAAAAAUUUGAUUCCAGCCGUGAUCGAAAUGAGCCCUUUGUCUUCAGCCUGGGCAAGGGCCAGGUAAUCAAGGCGUGGGAUAUCGGGGUGGCUACCAUGAGGAAGGGAGAGAUCUGCUACUUGCUCUGCAAACCCGAGUACGCCUACGGCUCUGCUGGCAGUGCCCCCAAAAUCCCUUCCAACGCCACCCUCUUCUUCGAGGUCGAGCUGCUUGACUUCAAAGGUGAGGACUUGUUUGAGGACGGAGGGAUAAUCCGGAGGAUCAAGAGGAAGGGAGAAGGUUACUCCAACCCUAAUGAAGGUGCUACAGUGGAAAUUCACCUGGAGGGAUUCUGUAGUGGCACCAGGUUCGACUGCAGAGACGUGAAGUUCGUCGUGGGUGAAGGGGAGGACUAUGACAUCCCCAUCGGCAUCGACAAAGCCCUGGAGAAGAUGCAGAGGGCAGAGCACUGCAUCCUCUACCUGGCGCCACGGUAUGGCUUCGGCGAGGCAGGGAAGCCCAAAUACGGCAUCCAGGCCAACGCAGAGCUGGUCUAUGAGGUGACACUGAAGAGCUUUGAGAAGGCCAAGGAGUCAUGGGAGAUGGACACCAAAGAGAAACUGGAGCAGGCUGCCAUCGUCAAGGAGAAAGGCACGACCUACUUCAAGGAAGGCAAAUACCUGCAGGCAGUGAUUCAGUAUGGGAAGAUUGUGUCCUGGCUGGAACUGGAGUAUGGCUUAUCAGAGAAAGAGUCCAAAGCCUCUGACUCCUUCCUGCUGGCUGCCUUCCUUAACCUGGCCAUGUGCUAUCUGAAGCUGCGGGAGUACGCCAAAGCCGUCGAGUGCUGUGACAAGGCACUAGGACUGGACCAGAACAAUGAGAAGGGCUUGUACCGGAGGGGCGAAGCCAGGUUAUUGAUGAAUGAGUUCGAGCUGGCAAAAUGUGACUUUCAAAAAGUUCUGGAAGUGAAUCCACAGAACAAAGCAGCAAAAUCCCAGAUUUCCAUCUGCCAGAAGAAAACGAAGGAGCACAACGAGCGGGACCGGAGGAUCUACGCCAACAUGUUCACAAAGUUCGCAGAGAGGGACGCGAAGGAAGCUGCCAGCAAAACUGAGGUUGAAAAAGCAGCAGAGAAAGCAGUUUGUGAAAAGGGACUGAAAACUGCCAGUACUGAAGGUAAAGAGGCUGAAGGCCAUGUAUGAUGGAGGAAGAGCAGUGGGAAGGGAGAGCCUCCUGCCCUUGGCCCACACAGGAAAAGGUUGCUGCCAGAGCCUGGGACUCGCCAGCGUCUUGUAAAGAUUGUUACAGUUUGUGUGAUCGUGGAAGCAAGAAGCGCCCCGCAAGGGAGAAGCAGUCCCUGUCCCACCGCCCUGGGCACGCUGCACAGCAGUGGCGGGAUGCUGUGGGACCACCCACAGCCUGUGGAACAAACGGCUUUGAAAUGGAAAGAGAGAAAAAUACAAACAAAAAUAAAUAAAAAUUGAAGCUCUUGGCAGGU